GACGCGCACUAUCUACUAAUUUUACUAUCGGUAUUGAAACAAACCAAAAUUAUUAGGACGCUGAGCCCUUAGGCCAUAUCUAUAUUCAUUUUAUUGGAUCAACAUUGUCACUAACUGUAUUGAUAGUAUUUAGAGAAAGCAGAUAGGAGAUGAGCGACAGCGACACGGAUACAUCUGAAGCGAGCAGCGAUAGUCAGGACAUUCAGCCCCUGUUGCGACGUCAUCGGGGGAAUCGCUUGCAGCGCAUGGGACCCACUCAGGAUCAGGAGCGUGUCGGGCAACACUUACUGAUUGCGGCCGUUUUGGAUGUGUUUGAUGAGUCGGAGAAUUCCGAGAUGUCCGAGGAGGCGGAUGAGGCUGAAGUAGUUGCUGAAGCAGAGGCUGAAGUAGAUGUUGAAAUAGAGGCUGAAGAAGAUGUUGAAAUAGAGGCUGAAGAAGAUGUUGAAAUAGAGGCUGAAGUAGAGCGACCAUUGCCGUUGCCGCAACGUAGGUUGACUGUGGAAUCGAUCAGUGAUCCAGCUGCAUCGCGUGAACAAUCCGAUGAUGAGGAGGCGCCACCUGUUGAGCAAGACGGUGUAAUUCCCGUCGCUCCAGAUGGUGAUGAUGAUCAACCAUCAACAUCCCGACAGGCACAGCCUGAACAGCAGCAGCCGCCAAAUGAAUCUUUAAUAGUUCUCGAUUCACAAUCGCCACCAAAAAAAAGGAAGCGUCCAUCGGAUUUGACCAGUGGUAAUAUGGGCACACCAGUGGCCAAGGCAAACGAUGAGGAGGUGGACGAUGGCAUGACAUGUACUAUAUGUCUGGAGUCGUGGGAGAUGAGCGGUGAUCAUCGUUUGGUCUCGCUGCGUUGUGGCCACUUAUUCGGCGACUCCUGCAUUCGACGAUGGCUCAUCGAGAGCCAACGCCAGUCAUCCGUCAAGGUGUGUCCGCAGUGCAAGACAAAGGCCACCACCCGUGAUAUCCGGUGCCUCUAUGCAAAGCGUUUGCGUGCCAUCGAUCGUACCGAGGAGUAUGAGAUGCGACGCGACCUGGACGCUGAGCGUCGUCGCGCCCAGAAUCUCGUCACGGAGCUGGCCACUGUGAAGAUGGAACACUCGGUGACCGCUAGUAAAUUGAAGGCUGUGCAGCUUGAAUGCGAUCGAUUGAGUUCACUGGUGCGUGCCGGCUGCAAUCGUGGGGAAAUUGACAGUGAAGUGGGUCGCAAGGCUCUUACUUUGUUGCCACGACAUCGCCUGUAUAUGGAGAAGAACUUUGACAUUACCCGCGAUCCGGGUUGCCGGGUGAUGCUCUAUUCGGCGCAGCACACAAUGCUUGUGGCCUCGCAGAAAAGCCCACAUGCGAUGUUCUCGGGCUACGGUUUGCGCUUCAUCCAUCCAUUCACCUUCAAACUGUUGAAUUUCCUGCACACCUCGAUCUUGUUGGUACGCGACAUAGCGUUCAGCGAGACCCUGCACAUGUUAUCGGUGGCCAGUCGGGAGUCGCGUGUCAAGGCAUUUGACAGUCGGAUGCGUCACUGCAGCAGCGCCGUCUCCGCCCACGAUAAGCUGCUCUGGUCAUGUGCCGUGGAUCGCGACGCACGUGAGCAUAUCCUGUAUGCGGGCGAUUUGCGCGGCGGCGUCUACGUCUAUGAUGUUCGCUACCCGGAUAAUAUCCUCAGCGAGUUUCAGUCAACAGAUAACUUUAGUCCGGUGAUCAACAUUGCUGCGGUGCCCCCUGGCAAAAUAUUCCCAUAUGGUGGCUUUCUCGUCUGUCAGCUGAGCGUAUUGACAUUCUAUGAGUAUGUGCAUGAUACGGCGGUGCCCACGCGUCUGGAUGUGGCGGGUCCAUUCCUCUCCAUGCAGUACGAUGCUGUGCAAGAUUCGUUGCUGAUCUCGGCACGCAACAAUGCCCAGUAUCCACAGUCGCGUUUCAUACUUGGCAAGCUGCUGAAAGUGGAUGGUGUGCCAGUGCUCAAGAUUACGGCCACUGUUUUUGGCUCAUCCGGAACGCCGUACAUAACACGGCCCACACAGCUGGGCGUGGAGGAUAAUACGGUAAUUGUGGGCUAUCUGCAGGAUAGCAAGCAGCUGAUGAUGUAUGAUGUGCGGCGCGAGGAACGCGUCCAAACGGUGCCCGUCAACGAGGUCGUCUACGACAUCUGUCCGUUGCGCACCCCGACCGGCUCGUAUCUGGCCGCCCUCAACGAGUGCAAAUGCCGCAUCUACAAGGUGAUCAGCAGUCAACACUGAUAAGUCUGACAAUUCUUUUGUUGUAUAAAGGCUGUGGGCUAAUUGAUUGGUUUUCCCCCAAUUAGUUAAACAGUUUAGUUAGUUGAUAGUUAAAAGAGUUGCAAUAUGUUUCCAUUGUGACAUUUUAUUUAAACAUUCUCAUGCUGUUGCUUCACACACACAAACAUUAAAUAUAUUUGUAUUAGUUAUAAAUUUUUUUGUUUACUGUAUCACUUUACACACAAGAUCUUGACCAUUAUGCUGAAAGCUAUAGCAAUAUCUGUGUUUAAAGACCUUUUGAUUCGAGUGUUUCAAUUUUGGUUUUCGUUUCAUUUUGCGCGGACCUUGUCUAAACAUUUAUAAGUAAUUCAUUUUGAAUUUGAUUAUAGUUUCUUCCAUUUGUUUUUUGUUUGUUUGUGAUGAAAAUGAUCAUAAUAAUAAACAUGAUUGGAAAAAUGUACUGUGUUAUUAUUAAUAUACAUAUAAAGCUAUAGAAAAAUUGUAUUGCGCUGGCAUAGAUUCUAAGUGAAUUUUAAACCAAAAUAAAUACAAAUCUCAAUGUCCGACUUUAUAUUUUAAUCGUCGCCCAUUGGGACAGUCUCAAAAGUUAAA